AUGAGAGCCGGAAACUUUUUUCUCAGCGCCCUGAGCUUGGCUACAAACCUCUACUCAACCGAAGCUGCGGAAUGCGGCGGAUGGGGAAGAGGCGGAGGCGCUGUUGGACCUUGCACCGACAGGAAGGGAAACUACAAAGAUCGCGAAGCCUUUUGCAACAGAUUCGCGGGGCAGGGAAGCUGGAAGAAAACGUGUGAAAAUGGCCUCAACGCUUGGGAUUGUCAUUUUGAGUACCAAGGGUCGAAGAUGGAUAAGCAGAUGUGCUACGAUGCAUUUGAGAGCAUCAUCAACCAGUGUUUCCCCAGUCAGCAUGGCAGCGGGUAUCAUUAUGGCACCUGGAGUGUCCCCGGCCAUUGGUUUGCACUUGACCGAUGCAGCGCUUGA